GAAAUGCUACCCCAAACUCGUAUAAAAUCAGUUAACUGCCGGCACUGGAGCAAGCCACUUGGUUAGCUCAACUUUUUUUUUAUCGCGCUCCCUAUUCGAGAUAUAAUUGUAUAUAUAAAGCAUUCAGCAGCGAAAUGAAGUCGAUGCACCAGCUGCUGCUCUACCUUUUUUGCCUUUGGGCCGUGAUCGUGUUUUGUGCUCCGACGCCGAGUGAAUCCCGUCGCGUGAUCUUCCUCAAGCCGAAUGGCAUCCACCGCGGACAGAUCCUGUCCACUCACGGCAUGGAGAAGCCCUGCCCCAAGUGCCACAUGAUCGACCAUCGCGGCAAUUGCCGGCGCAUCAUUUCCUUCAAUGCAGUCCACCGCCUGCUGAUCUUGACCUUCGUCGUUCUGGCCAUGCUCUUGGCCCAAAGUCCGGGGAUUACGGAAGCCCGCCGCCUGAUCUUCUACAGUCCGCACAGCCGGACCCUCACGGGUCAGCUUCUCGUGUCCCGAAAACUUGCGAGACCCUGUCCCGCCGGAAAAAUGCGGGAUCAUCGGGAUCGGUGUCGCAGAGCCGUCAUCUUCGAUCGCAGCAACUGAGGAUCCGCCGGAUAAAAUCUCCCCAUUCAACUACGUUUUUUUUUUUUUGCAAACCUAGCUGUAAGCUAACUUAUUUUAGUCGUAGUUGCGUCACAAUGUGACCGCCGAAGUAUUUAUUACACUAUUUAUUUUGUAGCUCUUGUAGGUAAUAAUGAUAAGUAAUAAACCGAUGUCGAUAAAGAUAAAAACAACAAUCAGUGUUUGCUUAAACCUAUUAUUACCCUAAGGUUUGCUCAGGGAUAAAAAUAUACUUGUGCAAAAAUAGGUUGGAAAUGGUGUUAAAAUGUGUGUUUUAUGAACUAGAGAAAAAGGUGAGAUCUUCGCUAGAACUUUUCACAAGCGAAAGCCUUUGAAGAAGCUAAAUUUAUCAAAAUAUGUUUUAUCAUUUAAGAAUUAGGUGACAGUCAUUAAGGGAAAAUUCCAAAGAUGACUAGUUUGUUUCCUGUAAACAUGAUUCACUUAGAGUAAUCAAAGCAUUCAUCAUUUGAUUAACCUAAUAAAAAACUUUGUCGAUUUAAGAUCUGCUGCAAAAUAAGCACAUCACUUACGAUAAAAAAUAAUAUUCUUUGCAGAACGAAGAUCAGCUCGAUUGUAUUUAUAUUCCCGGAGCACUCACAAAAAUAAAAUAAAAUAAGUGGAGUUUUCUCGAGGUUCGCGCACCGAAAGCCCAACAUCAUCAUCAUUUUAAGCCUUUGGUGUCAUGAGCAAACAGUUUAAUCUUGGCAGAAAUCGAGAUUGCGGGCGAUAGGUUGUGUAGACAUGUUUGGUAAAUUGCACGCCGGAAAUCAGUGACGUCAGUGAUAUGACGACCCAGAAAUAAGGAGAAUAGAAAGAGAGGGAAAGCCUCGAUGGGGGAAAUCCCUAAGGUAGCUGACACUUCAUACGCACU